CCUUCCUACAGAGUCAAACACAUUUAAAAAACAGAGCAUGAAACUGCAGCAUACACUCUUGGACUCCUAGUACUGCUGAUUUCACUUGUUCUGUUCAGUACUACUAUUAUUUAUUCUAUCUCCUCUUUCUUUCCAGGAUUUAGCACCUCUCUUCUGCUCUUAUCUUUCUCUGUUCUGUCUCGCUCUCAGCCGCCAUCUUUGGCAUCUUUCUAUCUUUAGAAAGUUAGCAUAUUAUUAUUACCUCCGACAAAGAUCAGUAAGAGAACUAGUACUAGAUGAAGAUCCAGUGUGACGUGUGUAGCAAAGAUGAGGCGUCCGUGUUCUGCACCGCCGAUGAGGCUGUCCUCUGUGACGCCUGUGACCACCGCGUCCAUCACGCCAACAAGCUCGCUUCCAAGCACCAACGCUUUUCCCUUCUUCAUCCUUCCUCUAAAAAUUUCCCUCUCUGUGACGUCUGCCAGGAGAAACGGGCUUUCUUGUUUUGUCAACAAGAUAGAGCAAUUCUUUGCAGGGAUUGUGAUGUUCCAAUACACAAGGCCAAUGAGCACACGCAGAAGCAUAAUAGGUUCCUUCUUACAGGGGUUAAGCUUUCUGCCACUUCUGCGCUUUACAUGUCAUCUUCCUCUUCCGCAUCAGACGUGAACAGCAGUGAUCUGGUUCCUGAUUCCAAGCAGUCUCAACACCAGCCCUCGGUUAAACCUGUGUCUGUCUCCCUACCAAAAUCUAAUCUAUCUUCAAUUGGUAAGACCUUACCUUCAAACUCAACUGUGAACAAGAAUUUAUCCUCAAACACAUCCGUCAACCGAGAUGGAGAUAAUCUGGUAAUAAGUGAUGGAAUUGGUUCAACAAGCAGCAUAUCGGAGUACUUAAUGGAAACGCUGCCUGGCUGGCAGCUCGACGAACUUGAUUUCCCUUCUACUCCCUUUGCUGGUUUCUGUAAGCCUGAUGACGACGGGAUGUUGCCGUUUGUGGAUACUGAUAUUGGGAGCAACAGUAUUAUUUCCCCUUUCUCGUCGGAAACCAUGGGGAUUUGGGUUCCACAAGCACACCCAACUCAACAUUAUCAGCAAAUAGGAGGGCAAAUUGGGUUGAAGGAAACAAAGGGCACAACGAACACGAAAGUUAAUUACAGAAGAUGGAGCGAUGAUGCAUUUACUGUUCCACAGAUCAGCCCUCAAUCCACUGGGUCCAAGAGAUCUAGUCCCUUCUGGUAGAACCCAAUUGAUCUUCUUGCUUUUGUUAUAAGAGAAUUAUAUAUCAACAACAAGGCCUCAUGCUUUGGAUUUUUGGUAUGAGUAAAGUAUCUUCGGAUCUGUUUUACCUUUCUCUCUCAGUUUGUUCCAAUCCAACUAGUUUCUUUAAUUCUGUUUUUUUAUUUUUUUUGUCUAAUUUUAUUCUGCAGACAUCUCUGUAAAUAUGAAUGAAAAUCACUCAAAAUUUUCUUUUCUUUU